CAAAUGAAACACCUUGUUAAAUUUUGUUUCUAAAAGAAAACAGAAAUGCUUUAUGAUGGACACUUAAGAAUGCAUAUAUUCCCAGACCAAGAACUGCGCAGUAGCAGUAAAGAAUUUUCUAUUUGAAAUCCAUGUUAGCUUGAAUCCUCAAACUAGGUAACCAUUCCUGUACGUCUCGUUGAUGCGGGUUUUGGUUCCCUAGGUUUGCAUCAGAAUUUGGUAAUAAUAUACGAGGAUGUUAAAAACUUUCGUGGUCAUAUAAACAUAGCUUUUCUUGGCCAAGUUUCAGUCUCCGGAUGCAAGCCUAGAAGGGGGCACCAUCUUACAGGAUCUUGAUCUUCUAGGCCAAACCAAGUGCUUCACACCUUGAUAAACUAUAUGUGAACGUGGGAACACAAUGCAAGAGAAAAUUUAUUUAACUAAGUUGGAGCUAUCAACCAUGGCAGAAUAUGACCUCCAUUGCCUCGUUACCCGAACUGGAGGUGCUCAAACUGAAAAAUUAUGCUUUCCAAGGGCCAAAGUGGGAACCAACUGAAGGGGGCUUUCGUGUUUUGAAGCACUUGCUGGUUGAGAAGACUGAUCUAGUGUCAUGGGAGGCCACAAGCAAUCACUUUCCAUGUCUUGAGCAUCUAGUUCUCAAGUCUUGCAAGUACCUGAAAGAGGUUCCCUACGGUAUUACAGAAAUUUCUACCCUGAAGCGGAUAGAGUUGCACAACUGUAGUGAAUCUGCAAAAAUUUCUGCUACAAGUAUUGAAGUUGAAAGCCUUGAUGUUGUCAUCAAAAGCGAUAGAUUUCAGCACUCAGCAUAAAGGGAAGCUUUGAGCUGCGGCUUGCAAUUUCAAUUUCCCAACUGAUCUGGAAUUGCUUCUUGUCAUCCAUCUUGCUGAGGCUAUUUGUAAAUGCUGCAUAAGAGAGUGGAAGGCCAGCCCCUGCCCCAUUGGAUGAAAGCGUUUCAAGGUCUUGGCAUGUACCUCAUUUAUUUUAUCUUGAAAUUGAUCUGAGAUUUUCUCCUAGUCCUAGGUAAUG